AUGGAUCCCAACAGAUAUACCAGUCGUGCGUCUUCUCCAUUUUCUCCUUUAAAUAACGAACGUCAUCGCUCACUUCUCACCAGUCGAUCACCUUACAAAAGGCCAUCGUCGCGUCUCAGUGAACUGCGCGACACAAGCGUCAAUAUCGCUACCGCCAUUAGUCAAACCAAGCAUACCAGUCCAUCACUACCCAAACCCGACUUUUUGGGAGACAAGAAUAACGAAAGCCCUUUACACGCCUUUGGCUCUGAGGAUAAAGUCUUUAUCCAACGCGAUCCCAAAACGGUAGCUCAAGAACGAGCGAUGGAUGAAUUUUUUGGUGGGACGAUGGAGGAUGAUUUGGAUGAUGAUUCCGAUAUUUAUGAAGAGGAAGAAUUGCUGGCGAAUGAUCCUGUGGAAGAAUGCCGGCGACGUCAUUUGUACAUGAGCGGAUUUGGGAAUAAUGAGUCCAAAACGGCGUCACGCGAUCGAUUCAAGACUUUCACACCCAUGGCUGACAGUCCGUCUGAUACUGAAUCCAUCAUAUCCAGUGACGACGACGACAACGACGACGAUGGCGUCGACACACUGUGGUCGAAAUCCAAAGUAGUUUGGGACAGAACAUUCGAGUUUGUCAUGUUUUGGGUGUUUAUGAUUUUCUGGACCAUUAAGGAAGUCACCAUGGUCCUGGGAAGCGCGCUUUAUUUACUUGCAUCCUCCAUUAUCGUGAAUCCCAUUGUUUUCAUUCUUCAAUACUUGGGUUACGCUCGUGCCUCUCCCUUGCAAUCACUCCCUUUCUCUUCAUCUACUGUUCGACAACCAGGCAUGGCCUCCAUUCUAGCUUGCGCCGUCGCCGUCUACACCGCCAUCAUGUUCCUUGCCAGCACCAACAACUUGCGGGACAUUCCCCGUUUAUCGGACCUCAUCGCGUACCCUGGCCACCUACUGUCACCCAUGCGAACUUGGUCUAGACCAUCCUUGCACACCUCCACCCCCUCCAAUCCACUCAUCCACGUUGGAGGCGCACCGACUUUGGACCAAGUCUCGGAUCAAAUCAACCAGCUGAGACUCUUGCUCCAGAAGGAACAAGCUCGCAUUGACGGAUUGGCAAGUAACACAAACCAAAUUCAAGCAUUUGCCGAUCUGGCCGCCGAUACCGUCACCAAAGUCAACGCCAUGCAGUCCACACUCGACCGGCUUGAUAAAUCCGUUGGACACAUGCAACCCAAAUUCAAGGACUUGCAAGACGCCGUUCACGCCUUGCAACAACGGAUACAGCAACAAACGCCGGCCAAUCACGACGAUUUAUACGAUCAACUUCGCUCUUUCAUUGAAGAAAUCCUGCCUCCCAAUGUCUAUGUUCACGUAAAUCAAAAGACGGGAAAGUUCCAAGUGGAAGGCAUCUUCAACUACAUUCAACAAUACUUUGUGGCACGAUCCGAGUUCCAGACAUUGCAAGACACACUGGAGGAUAGACAGGCACGAUCCGAGGGAGACUUGGGUGGCUCUUUGGAUCUCACGUGGGAUCAGUUCUUGCAGGCCAACGAAGCAUCCAUGCAGCAAUUCUUGACCGGUUCGGUCGAACAAGUACUUGACCAACAAAUGAAACAAGGCGUUAUUAUGAGUAAAGACAUGUUCAUGGAACUCCUGACCAAUGAAUUGCACAGUAUCUGGGACGAGUUGAAUAAAUUCCAGGCACCUGACAACGACAAUACCAGUCUAUCCCCUCGAGGCGUGUGGAUGCUGGUGGAACGGGCCUUGGAAAGAUACCAUCAGGAUGUGCUCGGAUCGGCCGACUAUGCUUUGGCGAAUCGUGGUGCAAGAGUGAUUCCUGCUUGGACGUCCGCGACGUAUGUGGCGUAUCCUCGACAUCUCUGGAAACGAUGGCUGGCUCGACUUACCGGUGUCGGUGCUUUUACCCCUGUGUCACCUACGAUGGCUCUCACUUCAGACACCGGAGUGGGUCAAUGUUGGCCCAUGCAAGGCCACAACGGGACAUUGGGAAUCGCUCUUAGUGAACCCAUUGCUAUUCAAGGCGUUACCAUUGAGCAUCCUUCCCGCGACAUCCUGGUGAACAUGACGACGGCGCCCAAAGAUAUUGAAGUGUGGGGUGUGAAAGGACGCCACUUUCGAUCCAAGUUACGUCCCUGGGAGGAGGAAUCCGACGGUCGUGCCAUCAAGCUGGCCGUGGUUCGGUACGAUAUUCGCAAACCGCAAGCCAUUCAAACCUUUGAUAUUGCUUUGAAUCGCUAUGUCAUUUUCGACGCGGUGUUGCUUCGUGUCUUGUCCAACUGGGGGGAUUCCGAUUAUACGUGCUUGUAUCGUGUCCGAGUCCACGGAGCCCCGGCCGAACAAAACCGAUAA